AUGGCGGAGGAAGUUCCUUCUACCUCCUCAACCUCUCCUCAGCAGCAGCAGCAGCAGCAGCAGGAGCAGGAGCAGCAGGAGCAGCAGCAAGCACAACAACAACAGGAACCGCAGCACCAACAGCAGCAGCAGCAGCAGCAGCAGCAGCAGCGACAAGGAUACUGCGUAGGUAUAGACCUCGGCAGCAGCAGCAGCGUUGUUGCUGCAGCAACAGCAGCAAACCCUCUUGCUGUUUCUAUAGAAGUUAAUCGUCUUGCUAAUAGAUCAACCCCUAGUGCUAUAGCCUUCGAUGGCGUCACUAGGGUUGUAGGAGAGGAGGCGGAGUCACGUCUAUCAUCUGCAGCAAAUAGCUGUCUUGAGGGUUUAGGGUUUUGGCUAUCUGUAACAACAGCAGAAGAGGCCGAGGGUUUAGCUGCUCGUCUUCCUUAUUGUUAUAAACCCCAAGUUGUCGAUACACCCCAAGGACUCUCUCUUGUUCUUCAUUCACCUGAUGGAGAUAAAUACCUUCCUAUAACAAUAGCAAUUGGUCAUUAUUUGCGUGUAUUAAUAUCUUUUGCUGCUGCAUCUCGUGGAUCUACUGCUGCUGCUGCUGCUGCUGCUGCUGCUGGUGCUGGUGGUGGCUCUGCUGCAGCAGCAGCAGCAGCAGGAGGAGGAGCAGCAGGAAGAAAAGUAACACACUUAAGCGGCUUAUUAGAUUCAUCAGUAGUAGUUGAUGGAUUUAUUAAUGACGAAGAAGAUCUUCAUCUUCCUCUAAGUAGACAAUUAUUCGAAGAUAUCUGUAAACCUCUCAAGGAAAAUUUAUUAGAGGAAAUAAGAGAAGGACUAAAGAAAAAGAAUUUAUCUACAGAAGAAAUAAUUGCUGUAGAAGUUGUUGGCGGAGGAUCACGAAUCCCUUGGGUAGCAGCAGCAUUAGAGGAGGCAUUCAGCAGCAGCAGCAGCAGCAUGCAGCAGCAGCAGCAGCAGCAGAGACGCAGCAAAUUAAGAAGGACACUAGAUGGAGGUAGCUCUGUUGCCAUGGGUGCAGCAAUGUUUGCUGCUGGUUCUUCUUAUAUAAACCCUAUUGAUCUAACACAGCUAGCUAGCCAACUACAGCAACAACAAAUACAGGAAUUAAGGAAUAUAGAUCAAUUAAUGGUAGAAAAAGAAGAAAAAGAACAAAGAAGACUGCAGCAAAGAAAUAAAUUGGAGACAUUUUUGCUAGAGAUGCAGGCAGCAGCAAGAAGGAAGGAAGGUGCCUCGUUGCUGCAGCAGCACGUGCAGCAGCUGCUGCAGGAAAAAGAACAUUGGUUAUUAGAUAAUGCUGCAGCAGCAGAAGAAGAAUUUGCUGCUGCGCUGCAGCAGGUAGAGGAGACAAUAAAAAAAGAUUGUAAGGAAUAUUUUAUUGCUAUAGAGGAAGAAAAAAAAAAAAAAGAACAAGAAUUACAAGAAGCAGCAGCAGCAGCAGCAGCAGCUAAUGCUGCUGCUGCUGCAGCAGGAGGAGGAGAAGAUAUGGAUGUUAAAUUGCCUAACUCUCAAUGUAUAAAAAGAGCAAAAAAAAAUAAAGAUGAAGCUAAUGAGCUAUUCAAAGAUGGAAAUAUAGAAUUAGCAGUACAACGUUAUAUAAAGGGUUUACAAUAUUUAUCAAAAGUGUUUGAUCUAAACCCUAAAGAUGAGGAAGAAACAAAAACCCUAAAACUUUCCCUACAAUUAAAUCUUGCACAAGCAUACCUAAAGUUAGCGGGAUCCGAUCCCAAGGCAAACCCUUAUGAGCCAUUUAAUAAAAAAGCAUUAGCUAGUUGUGAUGCUGCACUCGAAAUCGA